GUGUGGGAGGCCUUAUGGUUGGCAUGUCUGCAGCCAUGGCCUACCUCAUUGAUGGAAAGAUCACAGGGAUCUCGGGAAUCGUCGGCCCUUUCGUGAGGGGAGCUACGAAGUGCGAACCGGUGAAGGAUGGGCAGCUUUGGAAGCUUCUGUUUCUGACGGGCCUCUUCCUGGGCGGCUGGAUUGACCUGGCUGCGAAUUGGGACUUCUCCUUCCCGAACGUGCCCCGACUGAAUAUCUUCCAGUACAUCUUGGGAGGCAUCUGCGUGGGCAUCGGCACUCGAGCUGGCAAGGGCUGCACUUCCGGACAUGGCAUUUGUGGGUUGCCCCGGCUGUCGCUGCGCAGCUGGAUUGCAGUGCCUACGUUUAUGGCUGUAGCAGCGAUCACGGUCCUUGUCACCCGCCACGCGAUCAAACCAUACAAUGUGGAGCCUCUCGGCGGCUUGCAGUUCCACAGCAAAGGCAGUUUGAAGCAGUUCACCAUUCUUGGCCGGUACAACUCGCAGAUUGCGCCGAUGCAGUGGCCACCGGAGUGGGAAUUCCCGAUUUUCGCCCUUCUCUCCUCCCUUGCUCUGGUGGCCCUCAGCGUCCUCCUGCCCACCAAGCCACGGAAGCAACCUGGCAGCACCUGGAGAGAAGAAGAGAAUGGCAAGUUCGUCUCUCCUUUGUGCUCGGGCAUCAUCUUCGCCCUGGGCCUCGGCGCCAGCGGCAUGACUUCCCAAGCCAAGGUGCUGAACUUCCUGGACUUCGCAGGAUAUUGGGAUCCUUCCCUGGCCUUCGUCAUGGGCUGCGGCAUCUGUGUGAGCUUCCCCGCGUAUCUCAUCGCGGAGCGUGGUGGCAAGCAGCCCUUUUCUGAGGGAUGCACUUUCGAGAACCCGCCGAAGAAAGGGAAUUACGUGCCGUUGCUGAUUGGUACCUCGCUGUUUGGCCUUGGCUGGGGUCUGGUGGGCGUUUGCCCUGGACCAGCAUUGGCCGGAGCGGCCCCGUAUAUCGCAGUGUGCAUACGUUCCGGCGACAUCCAGGAGCUGUACUUCACGGUGACCGCCAUCAUUGUGGUGAUAGCUUGGCUUGUGACUGACAGGCUGAUCGUGCAUUUUGGUCAGACGCAGUCUCCGGUGACCGCGACGACCGAGCCCAAAACUGGCCAGUGA